CGCGACGCUUAGCUCCUGCCCGCUUACACAGUCGUCGGCCCUCUCAAGAAGGUGUGCUUCAUGGCGGUGACGGAGGUUGCGAAUUUGCUGAAUUGUUAAGGUCCCCCCCCAUCAGUCUUGCCUGGGGGUUAUCCUACCUCUGGUGGUCCCAGCGAUAAAAAGGUUGUAGGGAGGCACAACUGUAAUGAUGGAGAAUGGACAGGGCACAGGCUCGAAGCUUGGCCUGCCGCCUCUCACCCCAGAGCAGCAGGAGGCGCUUCAGAGGGCAAAGAAGUAUGCUAUGGAACAAAGCAUUAAAAGUGUCUUGGUGAAACAGACCAUCGCCCACCAGCAACAGCAGCUCACCAAUUUGCAGAUGGCAGCAGUGACAAUGGGCUUUGGAGAUCCUCUCUCACCUUUACAAUCGGUGGCAGCCCAGCGGCAGCGUGCUCUGGCCAUCAUGUGCAGGGUGUACGUGGGCUCCAUCUACUAUGAGCUGGGGGAGGACACCAUCAGACAGGCCUUUGCCCCCUUCGGCCCCAUCAAGAGCAUCGACAUGUCCUGGGAUUCUGUGACUAUGAAACACAAGGGUUUUGCCUUUGUGGAGUAUGAUGUGCCGGAGGCCGCACAGCUAGCUCUGGAGCAGAUGAACUCGGUCAUGCUCGGGGGGAGGAACAUCAAGGUGGGGCGGCCAAGUAACAUCGGUCAGGCGCAACCCAUCAUUGACCAGCUGGCAGAGGAGGCGCGCGCCUUCAACCGGAUCUACGUGGCAUCCGUCCACCCCGACCUCUCGGACGAGGACAUCAAGAGUGUAUUUGAGGCCUUUGGAAGGAUCAAGUCCUGCACGUUAGCCAGAGACCCCACCACGGGAAGGCACAGGAGCUUUGGCUUCAUCGAGUACGAGAAGCCCCAGUCCUCCCUAGACGCAGUAUCCUCCAUGAACCUCUUUGACCUAGGGGGUCAGUACCUGCGGGUGGGCAAGGCUGUGACUCCGCCCAUGCCUCUCCUCACCCCCACAACCCCCGGCGGUUUGCCCCCAGCAGCAGCCGUUGCUGCGGCAGCAGCAACCGCUAAGAUUACGGCCCAGGCAAGUAUGAAUCCCUUCCAAAGGGAUCUAAUGGCCUUCCAGGAGGCUGUAGCCGGGGCGUCAGUCCUGGGGGCGCUGGCAGCGCCCCAGCUCCUGGGCCAGCAGAUGGGCAUACCUCAAGCUGUCAUGGCUGCCCAGGCUCCAGGCGUCAUCACAGGUGUGACUCCAGCGCGCCCCCCCAUGCCAGUGCUGCCCCAGGUGGGCCUGGUGAACCCAGUGUUGGCCUCACCCCCAGUCCUGUCCAACCCUGCCCUGGCAGGAGGCCCCAACGCCCUGCUGGAGCUGAAGAAAAAGGAGAAGGAAGAGGAGCAGCAGCAGGACGGGACGGGCCAGGAGAUGUUGAGUGACCAGGAACACAUGAGCAUCUCGGGCAGCAGUGCCAGACACAUGGUCAUGCAGAAGCUGCUGAGGAAGUCAGAGUCCACAGUGAUGGUGUUGCGAAACAUGGUGGGUCCCGAGGACAUCGAUGAUGAUCUGGAGGGAGAGGUAACGGAGGAGUGUGGCAAGUUUGGAGCUGUGAACAGAGUCAUCAUCUACCAAGAGAAGCAGGGAGAGGAAGAAGAUGCAGAAGUCAUUGUCAAGAUCUUCGUGGAGUUUUCCAUGGCCUCUGAGAUGAACAAGGCCAUCCAGGCCCUCAAUGAUCGCUGGUUCGGGGGCCGUAAGGUUGUGGCAGAGGUGUAUGACCAAGAGCGUUUCAACAGCAGUGACCUCUCUGCAUAAACUGUCUGAAAUGGCCACUUAACACCCAUUCUAUCCAUAACUCAAGGCUCAAACGAAUGUCAGUCAGUGCUGAUGCUUGAGAUGUGGAGCUCCUUUUUAACUUGUAAUUAUUUUUUUUAUUGAUGUCGAUAUUAAUAUUAUUCAUAGUUCCUCUUCAGGAAUUGGUUUAAAUGAAUUUUGCGCCUCAUGGGUUUUGUUUUGUCACAAGUGAGACUUUUCUUUUUUUUGUAUUUUCAGGUUUUCGUAAUCAGAUCUUGAGAAAUUUUGACUAGAUAUUCCUAAAGUUUGCUCAUAUUCUCUCUUCUAACAAUGUUGUCUCUUAAAAGUUUGAGAUAUUGGUUUCUCCACAAAAUAAAUUCUUCAAGUAUAA